GAUAGCAACACAAAAGUUCUAUGGAAGUAUCGCAGGAGCAAUGAAGGAAUUAUUGUAGAGUUUCAGUGACAAAAUAUAUGUCGCUUGCUUAGUUUGCUUGAGUGGGUUCGCGCAUGCAUAACCCCCAUAUACGUUAACUUAUCACUAGAUUUGGUAAAUCCAAGGCCAGAAAUACCUAACUGAAACGUGGUACCAAUUCUUGAAGUCUAACUGUCAGGCAUGUAUGAAAUUCCUGACCGAUCUUCUCAAUGCAACUGAAAUUUAUGGCUGUGGAUUUUAAGUCCAGUGGUAUCAAAGAAGGUUCAUCAGUAUUGCAUUUUCGUAUAUUUUACGAUCCGAACGGUAAAUAUUACAUCUGGACAAAUAAAUUCAACUCAAUCAAUGCGCUUAUCGAUUACCAUCGUCAUCAGACGAUCUAUGGUGUAAAGGCACUUCUACUGCGAGACUGUGUAACAAGUAAAACCUUUGGUUCAGUAGGCUCUGGACCUAAUGCAGUGUUUAACAAUCCUCGAGUUCAAACUAAUUCUGGCUCCAGAGGUGUUCAUGCACAGGCUACCGAGGGUGCAAGUCUAUUAAGCAAAGAACAAUCUCUACAAAAUACCACUGGUUUGCCACCUGGAAUAGAAGUACAUGUUAAGCGUGAAGCUGAAAUCAACAGUCUCAAUGAAUUAAUAUUCAAGCAAAAUCUUAAAUUGCAACGACUAGAACGUGAUUUACUCAAUCGUGAUUCAGAGUUGAGCGUUCUACGUAAACGUUGUCGCAUGUUUGAUGAAGUUCUUCGAUAUAAGGCUACAUUAGCCAAAUUAACUAUUACAAUGGAACAGGCUGAACAUAAUGCUGUGAGGGAUUCUCUUGACGUCAUCAAUACUGAUCCGGCCCCUCUUAUGAUACGCGAUGUUGAUGUGAACAUAGAUAGUAAUCAUUCAACAGAAAAUGGUAGUUUAAUGGAACAGGUUGGUAAAACAUUUGUUCAGUCUGAAGGUCAGCGGACAAAAACAUUAGCUCACAUUGUUAGUAAUGGUCAGAUGAUUCCUUUGUUACUUUUGAUGUACAUUUAUCCAGUAAAUCAAAGUUGUAUACUGGUUGCUGUGAUGUGGAACUAGUGAUUCCACGCUUUAUUGCCAUAAGAUAUCCAUAAAUGCGUUAUGUAACCAGAUUAUCCAGUGUGGUAACUGUUGCAUUUUUUCGCAGCUGAUCAUACAGACUGCAGCUGAUACUUCUUAUCUUGGUACAAAAUCUCCCACUUUGUAUCAUAUGGUUUUAAGACGUUUAGUAGACUUGUGAUUUUUUGAUGUAGCUGUCACAGAAAAUAAGAUAGCCAUUCGAACUCAUCGAUAGUUUCGGCACUUAAAUUUUGACUCUUGAAAACUGUUAUCGAAGAGGCGUUCAACAAAGUUUUCCUCAAAGUUUUUCCUAAAUCUUUCAGAAGAUUCUCAGUAAUCAAUACAAACUAAAAUUGUACAGAUAUUUUACUACUUUCUUCGUAUUUGAAGACUUGAAUAAAGAAGAAGAGCAGUGCAUGUGUGGCGAAGUAAUGAGUUCAUUUAUUUUAAUUACCAACUUCAGCUGCUUACAACCCUAUACAUAUAUAAAAUUGACAAAGGUAUACUGAUUGGUAUGAAGAUGCUGUAGUAUAUGAAUUGGAUAACGAAGAGCUCUGCUUCCGUCCUCUGUGCAAUUUAAGUCACUACCUACUGAAUAUUCAUCCAAUCGUUCUAUAAUUAUUCAGACUUCAUGCACGGUUUCAAGAGUUUCAUCAUCUUCUAACUAGUUUUGUUUAUCCUGCAUCUAAAUAACUUUCCAUUUCACUUAAAAUUUCGUUUUCAAAUUUAUGAAAGCACAUGCACCUCUUUUGAGGCUGUAAUCAACAGAAAGUUCUAGAAUAAGUAAUUACUGUUAUUUUUUCAUGUGUUGAUCAUCUGACAUUCUUUUUGGUUGAUGUUUUCUCAGUUUGUGACUAAUUAUUUGUGGAGAAUACUGUAAAUGUGGUGAUGUAUUCUGAAAUAUAGUUAUUUAAAAGAGUUCCUCCGUAGUUUUCAUUUUGUUUUAAUUU